UGCCCCGCUUGGCCCCGCCCCUUGCCGGAGCGGUGGUUGCAGGCUCAGUGGUUGCUGAGAGAGCGGGUGGCGAAGGAGGAGGCGGAGGAGAGGAGAAGCACCUGAGGCGCAGGAUCCUCUGCCGGGCCCUUUUCCCUUCAGGAUGUCUUCGGCACCGGACGCGGCCUCCGGGGACGAGCUGAAGCAAGCCAAGGAGAUGGAGGACGCGGAGAAGUACUCCUUCAUGUCCACGCUCACCAAGGCGCCCAAGAAGCAAAUCCAGUUUGCAGACGAUAUGCAAGAGUUCAGUAAAUUUCCAACCAAGACUGGCCGCAGGUCCCUAUCUCGUUCCAUUUCACAGUCUUCCACAGACAGUUACAGCUCUGCGGCAUCCUACACAGACAGCUCUGAUGAUGAAGUUUCCCCUAGAGAAAAACAGCAAACUAAUUCCAAGGGCAGUAGCAAUUUCUGUGUUAAGAAUAUCAAGCAGGCGGAAUUUGGGCGCCGCGAGAUAGAGAUUGCUGAGCAAGAUAUGUCUGCACUGAUUUCUCUAAGAAAACGAGCUCAGGGGGAAAAACCGUUGGCUGGAGCUAAAAUAGUGGGAUGUACGCACAUUACAGCACAGACUGCAGUCUUGAUCGAGACACUCUGUGCACUAGGAGCUCAGUGCCGUUGGUCUGCUUGUAAUAUUUAUUCUACUCAAAAUGAGGUGGCUGCUGCUUUGGCUGAAGCUGGUGUUGCUGUGUUUGCCUGGAAAGGAGAAUCAGAGGAUGACUUUUGGUGGUGCAUUGAUCGGUGUGUCAAUGUGGAUACCUGGCAGGCCAAUAUGAUCUUGGAUGAUGGGGGAGACCUAACCCAUUGGGUUUAUAAGAAAUAUCCAAAUGUUUUUAAGAAGAUCAGAGGUAUUGUGGAAGAGAGUGUGACAGGUGUACACAGGUUAUACCAGUUAUCAAAGGCUGGGAAACUGUGUGUUCCAGCCAUGAAUGUCAAUGAUUCUGUCACAAAACAGAAAUUUGAUAACCUGUACUGUUGCAGAGAGUCAAUCUUGGAUGGCCUUAAGCGAACAACUGACGUGAUGUUUGGAGGGAAGCAAGUGGUGGUGUGUGGCUAUGGCGAGGUUGGAAAAGGGUGCUGUGCAGCUCUGAAGGCCCUGGGAGCCAUAGUUUAUAUUACAGAAAUUGAUCCCAUCUGUGCUCUUCAAGCCUGCAUGGAUGGAUUUCGGGUAGUAAAGCUCAAUGAAGUCAUUCGCCAGGUGGAUGUAGUUAUAACUUGUACAGGAAAUAAGAAUGUUGUAACCAGGGAGCACUUGGACCGAAUGAAGAAUAGCUGCAUUGUGUGUAAUAUGGGCCAUUCUAACACUGAAAUUGAUGUGGCUAGCCUUCGUACCCCAGAGCUUACCUGGGAGCGUGUACGUUCUCAGGUGGAUCAUGUAAUCUGGCCUGAUGGAAAACGUGUUGUUCUACUAGCUGAGGGACGACUUCUCAAUCUGAGCUGUUCAACUGUUCCUACCUUUGUUCUGUCCAUCACAGCAACCACGCAGGCUCUGGCUUUGAUUGAGCUUUACAAUGCUCCUGAGGGACGAUACAAACAAGAUGUGUACUUGCUGCCUAAAAAGAUGGAUGAAUAUGUCGCAAGCUUGCACCUGCCUUCAUUUGAUGCUCAUCUGACAGAAUUAACAGAUGAUCAAGCGAAAUAUCUGGGACUCAAUAAAAAUGGGCCCUUCAAACCAAACUAUUACAGGUACUGAUGGACCAUAAUGCUGAAGGACCAGAUCACAUAAUCUACACAAGAGCUUUAGCAAGAAUAUUUUUAAAGAACAUAUUUUGUGUUAGUUCUAAAAUGUAUUUUUUUCUUUUAUUCAUGUGAUUUUAUUGUCUGCUCUCAUUCUUUUAAUAUUUCUCAGUCUUUUUGUCUGACCUUGCAGACAACCUGGGAUUUCCCAGCCGCAUCACCAUUGCUUUACUAUGGUUUCAGCUCCUUAGCUCUGCUACAACGGAGUGGAUUCCCUUUGGUGAUGUGAGGCUUUCAUUUCCUGUGGUGAUUUUAAAUUUUAAUUUAAUAUUUUCCAGGGCACCUUAGUUGCAGUUGAUUGAUCUGCAAAAUAUUAAGAAUACUAUUUUUUUUCUGUGGAAUUAUCUGCAAAUUCUAAAUUGCCUUAAUGAGCCCCAGUUCAUUAGCUGCCAGAUCAAUGCUCCUUUUCCUGCAGAGAGAGUUGAUACCUUGUGGCUAAAUUAUAGGUGUAUAUGCAGCAAAUGCCUAAACCCUGAUUUUAAUAGUAUUGCAUUCAGAAAAGUCCUACUGAUUUCAGCGGGGCAAUCUUAAAUAUUAUUUAUUAUCCAUUUUUUCUAAUGAAACAUGUUGCUGCAUGCUUGGCUUCACUAAGCCAGAGUUUGAGUCAUGCAGCUCUCCAAAUGUUGUUGCACUAAAAUUCCCAGCAUUCCUCACCUCUAGCUAGAACUACUGGAAUGUUUAGUCCAAGAACAUUUUAAGGCCUUCAUGAUUUCCCACACUGAAAUAAGGCUAGAUAGAUUUCAUCUUCUCUUAUGAGUUGCUAGGGUGCUAAUAUGAAUUGAACUGGAUAUUGCCUAUCCACUAUCUUCAUCACUCUGUGGAUUUUAGGCUUUCUUCUUCCUCUUCUUCUUCCAAUCAAGACAGCCCAAUACCUUAUUUAAAAUGCAGUUGAUGAGAAUUCCUUUUGAUUCUAGUCUGGAGAAUUUUUAAAACAGAAAAUUUCAGUUAAUGUAUUGCAGAAUUCCUAGGGGCCACUAUGAAGCAGAUCAACAUUUUGAGCUGAAUAAUCUCUUGUACUUUAUUCCUUUAUUUGCACAAUACAGGAGAUGCUUGGAUGAUAAUAGUAGCUUAACUUCUCUGAUCCUAUAAAGAAUUAGUUAUUUAUGUAAAACUCUUCCAUCUUCAGGCUCCAUUUGUAGCAAAUGAAAAUUGAAGGUGGAAUCCCAUCCCAUUGGCACUGCUGUUUUAAGUGCUCUGUUGUUUUAAUGAUCUCAGUUCUGUUAGGCUGGCAUGUCAAAUUUGCAUACUAUCUCUCUUGUGAGAUUACAGUGCAGCCCAGUUUAUAUUUUAGUGCCAUGAAAAUGAGGGAAGGCUUCAGCAUCGAUGAGGGAGGGAAAUGUUAAGUUAAAAAUGACAGUUCAGGCAAAUAUUGCCUUGGUCUGAGUAUUGCAAACUCAGUAUUGUGCUGAAGUCUUGAGGGGAAGUAAGAACAAGCCAGAAACUACUGUGAAUCAUCGUGAAUACAUGACCAACCUUGAACUUUCUGCCUUUCAUGUAAUCUUUGCAGAAGACAUGAUGUAAAUACAGAAUAUGACAUUCCUUAUUCCAUCUUCAUGAAAUCUGUCCCAUUAUUCUGUGAUGUAGGUUGUUAUCCUUCACUGAGAAAAAUAAAUGACCUGUGAUGAGGAGCCUGAGCUUAGCACAACCGCCAUGCUUACUCUCUGCCCCUAAAUGACCGUCCUGUAGUAUCUUUUGUACCAGGUGGGUGUUUGGUUUCAACCGGCCUUGCAAAAUGGUGCUGGCUAUUGACAGACUUGAAUUCAGGAUCUCCCUUGGCCUUUUCAACUUGUAUCCAUCCCAUUCCCCAGAAUCUGAUUUUAGAUUUGGCCAGCCCUAAUAGAUUCAGUUCUUUCCUUUUUGUAUCUCAGUCCUCCUCUUGUUUCUCAAUUCCGUUAUUACACGUUUUUAUCCUAGAAUUGGCUUGGCCAAUGCGAGCGAAUCUACAAGACUCCUCUGUGACGCUCAAGAAGACACCUUCAUUCCAUUUGUCUGCCUCUGUGUUGCAGUGUCAAUAGAUAACUUAGCUAAGGGCUCCAUCUCUGUAUAAGCCAUGGAAUAAACUCUCAUGCCUGGCAACACCUCAGUUUGAUUGGAGGGAGCAUGUUAUAGCAUCAGCCCAGGUGGGGAUAGGUUUAUUUUGUAUAUGAAUGAUUUUUAAUGAAUGCAAUAUUAAUUCUUGCAGAUGAGCAAUAAAUCAUUACGCAAAGUCUAAAUAAAAUGGUUAGAAAAUUA